AUGGGACCUUGUUGCUCUAGACGCAUUUAUGACGAGGAAGAUGGAAAAUUCAAGUUUCGCUUUAUCGGCGAUAGACGAUAUCAUGGUCUUUCAGAUUCAGAGUAUUUUGGUCCAAAUGAUGAUGAAGAGGCUAUUCGUUUGAUAAGUUAUCAUAAAGCAAUGAAAGAUAUUUGGGGUGGAUUGUUCAAUUCACCUAUUGAAGAGAAGUUGAAACAAGGCGCUCGUGUCGUGGAUUUUGGAUGUGGAACUGGAACUUGGAUUUUGGAUAUGGCAAAUCAAUAUCCAAAUUCAAAAUUUGUAGGAGUAGACCUCUCUCCACUUUUUCCAAAAGAAGCACAAUGGGAAGAAAAAGUUAUUCCAGAAAUGAUAAGAUUGACUCGGCCAGAUGGUUGGAUCGAGAUCUUAGAAUCUGAUGCUUUUAUUACAUCUGACGGGAAUGCUACACAAAGAAUUGCAAUGGCUUUUCAAAAUUUCAUGACACCGAAGGGAAUGAACUGUGCAAUUGGGAAAGAUCUUCCGCACAUUUUUGAAAACACGAACGCAUUUUCAGAAAUCAAAAAUGAACAAAAAUCUGUAAUUUUAGGUAAAAAAGGCGGUAAAACAGGGCAAGAGGACUCGAAGGGCAAUGUUUCUUGUGACAUUUUUUCUUUGGAUUUGCCUCGCACACCUUCUCCACAAUAUCUUAAUGCCUCAAAUCCAGAGUUUAAUUUGGUAAACUCUGGAGAUUUUGAAGGAAUUUAUCUUUCGAAUCCAGUUGCCAUAAAAAAUUAUAUUUAUGUAUUUGGAGGGCAAGGAACCAAAGAAGGAACUUUCAAAAACGACUUUUAUAAAAUUCGCAUGGACUCGAGUCCAAUAAUCAUUGAGCGACUCAAUAAUACCGCUGCACCAUCACCGCGGGAACGAUUAACUCUCGUUACCGAUAAGGAAGGAAAGAUAUAUAUUUUCGGAGGCUGGGACGGCACAGGGAAAGAUAAUGCCAUGUACAUUUUUGAUUCUAAUAAUGGUGUGUGGACAAUGGUGCGAUCAAAAAAUGCACCGGAUAUGAUAUGGGGCUAUGCUCCAGUUUUCACAGAUGAUAGAAUUUUAUAUAUUGGUGGAAACCAUUAUGCUUCAAUAAGAUACAUGCCAUUUGACUCUAUACCAGUUUUUAACAUUAAAACUAAUGACUGGGAAAGAAUCAAUACAACAACCGACAUGCCGGUCGCUGGUCGAUGUGCACACGUUGUAAUAUUAGAUAAUAAUAAAAAAAGAGUAAUAGUUUACGGAGGAGAUAUAGAUCGCACAUAUGAAUCUACAAAUGGAGGUCUUGCGAUAUUAGAUCUGUUAACAAAAAAAUGGACACAGCCGAAUAUCGAGGGAAAAAGACCGGAUUAUAUUCCGUUUCGACCAACAGCAACAUACUUUAAUGAUUACAUUUUUGUGGCGUUCGGUAAAAGAAACGAUAUUCCGAGCGCCGAAUUUAACAUUCUGGAUAUUUAUAAUGACACUUUAAAAUGGGUUGAAAGAUAG